UUGUUUAUAAUAUGACCGAAGGGAAAGAUUAAUCCAAAACACCAGAAGUAAUUGAAAAAAAAAAAUUGAAAAAGUAAUUGAAAAUUGAAAAAAAAAACAAGUAACUGAAAAAAAUCCAGUUUUGCCCGUUGAUCGUCGCCGUCGUAGUCCGACCGUGUGUCUCGUCGGUCAUUUCGUCAUCGCCGUCGAGCUUUCUCAUCGUUGCGUCAUUGAAAGUGCAAAUUCAAGCUUGUGGUUCACCUUCCAGCCUUCCCAAUCUGCAAAUUGAAGUCAGAGGAUCCGUUUCUUGGUUGGGAGCCACCAUCAACCCUUCGCCGGCAAAUCAUUACUCCACUCCCGUUCACCAUUAUCCUCUCACCCAUUGCCAAUAACUGAAAGAUAGCACACAAAGUAGCAUAAUAGCUAUGCCAGUCGCUUCUUAUUCAAGGUAUGCAUCACUUGAAGACCUUUUACACCUCUUAAAAUUCUCUGCCGAUGCUAAAUAUCUAAACUUUGGCAAAACCAUCCAUACCCAGUUGCUCAUUCGCAACCAAUCUUCUAACCGCCACUCUCACAUUGUUCAGCUGAACUCCCUAAUCAAUCUCUAUGUUAAAUGUUCUAAACUCCGUCUCGCACGUUACCUGUUUGACGAAAUGCCUCUUAGAAACGUUGUUUCUUAUAAUGCUUUAAUGGGUGGUUAUUUACAUAGUGGUGAACAUUUGGAAGUUAUUUCGCUCUUCAAGAAAAUGGUUUCAUCGUUUCAAAAUGAUGUUUUACCGAAUGAGCAUGUGUUUACCACUAUUCUUUCUGCUUGUGGACAUAGUGGGAGAGUUUUUGAAGGGAUGCAGUGUCAUGGGUAUUUGUUUAAAUUUGGGUUGGUUUUUCAUCAUUAUGUGAAAAGUGCUCUUGUUCAUAUGUACUCGAAGUGUUUUCAUGUUGAUUUAGCAUUGCAGGUUUUGGAUAGUGAACAUGGUAGUAAUAAUGAUGCAUUUUGUUAUAACGCUGUGUUAAAAGCCCUUGUGGAGUCUCGGCGCUGGGCCGAGGCCAUGGAUGUUUUGGGGAGGAUGGUGGAUGAGUGCGUGGUUUGGGACAAUGUUACGUAUGUUAGUGUCAUGGGACUUUGUGGUCAGAUUAGAGAUUUUCGAUUGGGUUUGCAAGUUCAUGCGCAGUUGUUGAAAGGAGGUUUGAUGUUCGAUGUAUUUGUCGGUAGCAUGUUGGUAGACAUGUAUGGAAAAUGUGGCAAUAUCUUGAAUGCGAGGAAAGUUUUUGACGCUUUACAAAAUCGAAAUGUGGUGGUGUGGACUUCCCUCAUGACCGCUUACUUGCAGAAUGGUGAUUUUGAGGAGACGUUGAAUCUUCUUACAUGUAUGGAUCAAGAAGGUACUAUGCCCAAUGAGUUCACUUUUGCAGUUUUGCUUAAUGCUUGUGCAGGUAUAGCAGCACUCAAACAUGGCGAUAUAUUCCAUGGUAGGGUUGAGAAGUUAGGUUUUAAGAAUCGCGCCAUUGUCGGAAACGCUUUGAUAAAUAUGUAUUCCAAGAGUGGUAGCAUUGAUUCUUCAUAUAAUGUCUUCUUUGAUAUGAUGCAUCGAGAUAUUAUCACUUGGAAUGCUAUGAUAUGUGGGUAUUCCCAACAUGGACUUGGUAAACAAGCUUUGCUAGUGUUUGAAGACAUGAUGUCUAAUGGAGAAUGUCCAAACCAUGUAACCUUUGUUGGUGUUCUAUCCGCCUGUGCUCAUUUGGCUCUUGUAAAUGAAGGAUUUUACUAUUUGAAUCAACUAAUGAAACAUUUUAAGAUCGAGCCAGGAUUGGAGCACUACACCUGUGUGGUCGCGGUGAUGUGCCGAGCCGGUCUACUUGAAGAGGCUGAGAAUUUCAUGAAGACAACACAAGUGAAGUGGGAUGUUGUUGCCUGGCGAGUAUUGCUUAAUGCAUGUAAUGUUCAUCGAAAUUAUAGCUUGGGGAAGCAAAUUGCAGAAACUAUCUUACAGAUGGACCCUCGUGAUGUGGGGACAUAUACAUUGCUAUCAAAUAUGUAUGCAAAGGCACGCAGCUGGGACGGUGUCACAACAAUUAGGAAAAUGAUGAGGGAAAGAAAUGUUAAGAAGGAACCUGGAGUAAGUUGGUUGGAGAUAAGAAAUGUUGUCCAUGUCUUUUCUUCAGAUGGAAGCAAUCAUCCAGAGUGUAUUCAAAUUUACAGCAAGGUUCAAAUAUUACUGGAAAAGAUUAAGCAAUUGGGAUAUAUACCGAAUAUUGAAGCUGUACUGCAUGAUGUGGAAGAUGAACAGAAGGAAAGUUAUCUUAAUAAUCACAGUGAGAAGCUCGCCAUAGCAUAUGGCCUCAUGAAAAUACCUUCUCCAGCACCCAUCCGCGUAAUUAAAAACCUUCGGAUAUGUGAUGAUUGUCACACUGCUGUAAAACUAAUAUCAAAGGUCACAAACAGGUUGAUAAUUGUUAGAGAUGCUAGCCGGUUCCAUCAUUUUCGUGAUGGGACCUGUACUUGUUCCGAUCACUGGUAGCGUUUUCACAAGUUUAAUAUGGCAUAAAUCAUGAUUGUUUGAAGUGAAUAUCUUAGGUUAUGCACCAAUUAACUUGCACUGCAGCUUAAGAAUAUCAAGCAUAGUCUGAGAAUGAAUAUUCAACAUGGAUUACACUUGUUUAAAUUUCAAGGGUCUUGCUGUGGUCUGAGAUUAUUGAAAUCAAUUCCAUUUUCAUGUGACCUAAAACUAAAUUACAUAUAGAUUAUGUUAGAAUAUAGAAUAAAGGAGGAUUAAAUUAGGUAAGAGUGGUUAGAGAAUAUGUUAGUCAGUUAGUUAGAGGGAUAUUAGUAUAAAUAGGAUAAAGAUUAUUAUUGAGGAUUGUUAACUUUGUGAAUAGAGUAGUGACUCUAUUGUAGAAUGGGAAAUACUUAAAUCAUUGUUUAUUCUUAGUUCUUAAUCUAAUUUUGUUUUUAACUUUUAGUAUUCUUCAAGUCAUUUUUUUUAUUACUAAAAUUAUGUAUAGGUAUUGGAUCUGCUAAACUAUUCAUUUCUUUCCAAGACACCUCUUACCGAUUUGUUUUUAGGAAUGAAACCUUCCAUCGCGAGUUCACGUAUUUUACCUUGUGAUAUUAAAAACGUUAUUGGCGGUGGUAUCUAUAUCACCGUGAAGCUAAUUGUAAGAAAGUCGAAUAACACUAUAUUGUUUGCUCAAGGGGGGCAAGAUUUUGCGGACUUAAUUAUACGUUUUCUAACAUUUCCGUUGGGUGGAGUGUUACGCAAGUUAGAAGGGAAUAGUUCUUUGGGAAGUAUUGAUGGAUUGUAUAAGAGCAUAUCUAAUUUAAAUGAAGACAGUUAUUUUAGGUGCAAAGAAGCAAGGAAUAGGCUUCUCACUUUAAGUGUUCUGCAAUAUUAUUGUUAUUAUCAGCAAAAUUUGAUGCAAUGCUUUUCAAAAGAGAUGAAGAUCGGAGUAAUGAGAGAAAUUUUAGAAAAAUGCAACUGGUUAAUACCAUAUCUUCUAUGGGAAGUCCUUAUGGUCAAGUCAAUAGACCAGAAAUGUAUGUCGUUACAGAUGUUUUAGUUGUAGAACCAUUGUUGUCUCCAAUUUCAUCUCUAUAUUUACUUAACCGUUUUGAAACUCCUCUUAAUGAUUUGAAGGAACAAGUUGUCGUCAUUGGCAUGAAAGAGGUACAAUUUUCUGCUUUUGCGUUUGAGUUUUUAUCAGACUAAUUUACUUGCAGACUGGUUAUGUAGCGAUUGCUCAUCUCACAUUGUUGUGUUGGUGCAGAGUCUCAGCAUAUUGAAGGCAGCUUUAACCUCAACAUCUGCUCUCACCAAUGGUUUGCGUCACUUGUUAACCAAAGUUAAGGCGGAGGAAUGAGAAUCGUUAAUGUUGUUAUUUCUAUUUAAGUUAUGUUGCGAAAAAGUUUGUAAUGGCCAACAUUGUUAGUUUUACUUUUGUUGCUGUGGUUAUUUCAUUUUUAGCACUAUCCUUUUAAGGUCUUUUUAAUUUUUAGUUUAGAAUGGCAUAUCUGCAGAUCAGUUUCGUUUCUUUCCCUCUCCCCGUCCACUCUAUUUUCUUGAUAUCUAGCUGCAGCAUAAAAAUCACUUUUAUUAUACAGUACAAAUUUCAUUGACAUGUGAGGGUAUUCUUAUCUAGUUGUGCUAAAGAUUAGAUGUGUAUAUAGCCUGAUCAUUUGCAG